AUGGCCAAUAAAAUGUACAAUAAUUCUUUUGAUUUUAGAAAAACUAAUGCAGGUAAUGACGACGACGAUGAUUGGGAAACAGAUGCUGAUUUUGUUAAUACAGAUAAUAUUGAUAAUUCAAAAACUACCCAAAAACAACCAACUAUUAGAGCAGCAGAUACAGGUAAACAAUUUAUUCAAAACCAAGCACCAACAAAUAAAGUUCCAACCUCACCAUUAACAAACCGAUCAAAGUUAGCAGCACCAUCAACCUAUACUCCUCCAGGUGUUGUUGUUAGUAAAAAACCUGCUGCCACAUCAACUCCAGCCCCUUCAAAACCAGCUGCUCCAACCACAACCUCAGCCCCUUCAAAACCAGCUGCUUCUAAAUUCUCGCAACCAACUACAUCUGCUCCACCACCAUCAAAACCAGCUGCUCCAGUAUCAUCAAUUGCCUCUAAAUUCUCACAACCUGCUUCCACUCCAGCACCUGUCAAAGCAACCCCACCACCAGUCGUUAAAGCAACCCCAGCACCAGCUCCUGUUAAAGCCACUCCACCACCACCAGCCAAAAAAGCUCCACCACCAGUUGUUAAAAGAGCUCCAGAACCAGAACCAGAACCAGUUUAUGAAGAACCACAACAAACAUAUGACCAAGGUUAUGAUCAACAAUCAUACGACCAACAAUCAUACGAUCAACAAGGUUAUGAUCAACAAUCAUACGAUCAACAAGGUUACGAUCAACAAUCAUAUGACCAACAACAAUAUGACGACCAACAGCAAUAUGAUGACCAACAACAAUAUGACCAACAAUCAUACGAUCAACAAUCAUAUGACCAACAAGGUUAUGACCAACAAAACUAUGACCAACAACAGUAUGAUGACCAACAACAGCAAACAUACCAACAAGCUCAAGCUCUUUAUGAUUAUGCAGCCCAACAAGAAGGUGAUUUAACUUUUUAUACAGGCGAUAUUAUUUAUAUUCAAGACUCCACAGAUGAAAGUGGAUGGUGGUAUGGUCAACUUGAAAACGGUACCGCUGGUUCAUUCCCUAGCACAUUUGUUCAACUCCUUUAA